AUUUCUCUGCCCGACUCCCAAAAACACCAUCGAGACGACCUCGUCACUCACCACAGCAGUGCGACUCACCACACCACCGUCGCCAUGCCUACCCGCCUCUCGAAGACCCGCAAGCAUCGCGGCCAUGUGUCCGCCGGUAAUGGCCGUGUCGGCAAGCACCGCAAGCACCCCGGUGGUCGUGGUAUGGCCGGUGGUCAGCACCACCACCGCACCAACCUCGACAAGUACCAUCCUGGUUACUUCGGUAAGGUCGGCAUGCGGUACUUCCACAAGCAGCCAAACCACUUCUGGAAGCCCGUGGUGAACCUGGACAAGCUCUGGACCCUCGUCCCCGCUGAGGAGCGCGAGGCCUACAUCUCCGGCGAGAAGAAGGACACCGUUCCCGUCAUCGACCUCCUCCCCCUCGGCUACUCCAAGCUUCUCGGAAAGGGCCGCCUCCCUGAAAUUCCUAUCGUCGUCAAGGCCCGGUGGGUCAGCAAGUUGGCAGAGAAGAAGAUCACCGAGGCCGGUGGCGUUGUUCAACUGGUGGCGUAAAGGGGGGAUAGAACGAAGGAAAGGAAAAUGGGAAGCAUGGGGAAGAUUAAACCCGGCACCGGGGCGAUGAUGUGAAUGCAACGACGAGCAUGCCGCGUUUCUGUUUACCGCGGCGGGGGGGCGGACCGCCUUUAUUUGUCACUUCAAGCCGGUUGGGACAGGACAGGGAAACGGGCCAAAUGGG